CAGGUCCCCUCUCCAGCUCCUCCCUCCUCCGUAGGCCACGGAGCUGGCUGUUUUGAGCUCCUGGACCCCUUCGGACCCCUCACUUCGCGACGCUCGCGGCUUCCUCUCCUGGGCUGAGCCUCUAAGCCUUUCAAGUCCUCCUAGAAGGUUACCCGAAGAAGCCGCGGGGAAAAGCCUGGAGUCGGCAGCCGCCACUAGGCCCCGCCCAGCAGCAGCGGAGCAGGGCCGCGCCCGGGACCGCUGCAGAGCGGGACCCAGAAGACUCGGCAAACAUUCUACCACAUAUGUUUUUAAAAAAACAGUCUGAUCGCUCAAAAAUCUGGGACCCCCAAGUUUCCAGGAAUAGCGACUAUCAUUCAUCAUCCUUUCGCCCCCGGCUGACAGUGAUCUUCUGAGACGUGGCUCAGCAGUCGUCACGGCGCCAUUACAGUGUAAUUGGAGACAUGGCACACUCACCUCUACGAAGACCCUCAAGCACACGAAUCUAGUCUUUUUUCUUUGGGUGAGGGGCCUUGCUAGUCAAGACGGCUUGCUCAGAACUCCUAAAAGCUCAAGGCCUGGCACCCUACAUCCUUUUCUUCUCAGGUAGCCAAGACUCUAGCCCACAGACUCCGUUAAACUGAGGGAUCUGUCUCCCAGUCUGCUGGAACCUAGAUUUCUUUUAUUCGGUCAGCGUGGAGUGACCAGAUAGACAAGGACGGGGACACAGAGAGGAAUAAUUGAAUGAGGGGUGGGGGUAAGACUAGGCAUGGGGACCCAAGCUGGGGUGGGGGUAGGGGACUCCAUCUAAAACAAACCGUAAACACACACGUAUCUAUGGCGACAGCAUUCUCGGGUCUACCCUGGAGAUUUCUUUCUAGAGCUAUGUCUGGGAGGAUAGCCCCCGGGAGCCCCUACGCCUCCAGCUGCUGUGUUUUCCUGUUUUGUCUCCACGGUAACGGUGACCUCAGCCCUGCACCCCCUCACUGGUAGGGCCGGAGACGCACUAGUCUUUUGGGGGGCGUGGUAGACAUUAGCCCCGCCUUGGGGGCCGACCGGGAAUAGCCUGAACUGAGGGAAAGCACCUUUUCACCGCCCCAGCCAGGCCCAAACCCCGCCCUCAGCCCCGCCCUCGCACGCUCCUCAGCGGGCCAACUCCACCCAGCCCCAAGACCCUUCUGGUAUGCAGCUGUUGUCCUUGUUUGUGCUGCGGACGCCACUGGCUGGAGAGGGCUUCUGAUCAGCCUUUUCCAGGUGUGCAAUCCUAUCCGCCUUCGGAGCCGGAACUUUCUCUUUCCUGUCCUCAGUUAAGGCUGCAGCCAUGCCGGUAUCAGUAACCCGCACAACUAUCACGACUACAACGACAUCAUCCUCCACCAUCGUGGGGUCCCCUCGGGCACUGACACAGCCUCUGGGCCUCCUCCGCCUCCUGCAGCUGAUAAGCACCUGUGUGGCUUUCUCCCUGGUGGCCAGUGUGGCCGCUUGGACAGGGCCCAUGGGGAACUGGGCAAUGUUCACCUGGUGUUUCUGUUUUGCUGUGACCCUCAUCAUCCUGAUCGUGGAAUUAGGUGGACUCCAGACCCGCUUCCCACUGUCAUGGAGAAACUUCCCCAUCACCUAUGCCUGCUACGCCGCUCUCUUCUGCCUGUCAUCUUCAAUCAUCUAUCCUACCACCUAUGUGCAGUUCAUGUCCCACGGACGUACCCGGGACCACGCCAUCGCCGCCACUACCUUCUCCUGCAUUGCCUGUUUGGCUUAUGCCACCGAAGUGGCCUGGACUCGCGCAAGGCCUGGUGAGAUAACUGGCUACAUGGCUACCGUGCCAGGGCUGCUCAAAGUUUUUGAGACCUUUGUAGCCUGUAUCAUCUUUGCCUUCAUCAGCGAACCAUCCCUGUACCAGCAAAAGCCAGCCCUGGAGUGGUGUGUGGCAGUCUAUGCCAUCUGCUUCAUACUGGCUGCGGUGACGAUCCUGCUCAACCUGGGGGAUUGUACCAACAUGUUGCCCAUCCCUUUCCCCACCUUCCUGUCAGGCCUGGCCUUACUGUCUGUCCUCUUUUAUGCCACUGCCAUUGUGCUCUGGCCCCUCUACCAAUUUGAUCAGAGGUAUAAUGGCCAUCCCCGCCGCUCGUUGGAUGUAAGCUGCACUUACACGCACCCCCACUCAGUGUGCUCCUGGGACCGCCGACUGGCGGUGGCCAUCCUGACAGGUGUCAACCUGCUGGCAUAUGUGUCUGAUCUGGUGUAUUCCACCCGCCUGGUGUUCGUCAAGGUGUAAGAUUAACAAGGGGCUCCUGUCCACAUUCCUCCUUGCAGCAUCUUCACCUGAUUACCCAAGUUUUUGGUACCAUCCUGUUUCCUCCUUGUGUCCCUCCCAUUUCCUCUCCUGUUGUAUAUAUGUAUUCUUCCUGACUCAUUGUUCUCUUUUUGUGUUUCUUUUUCACCCCUUUCUUACCUUUCCUCUUCCAGUAUGCCUGCCCAUAUCCUGGUUUGCCCUUGAGCUUUGGCUCCACAGCCCUCUUUCAUUUUCCUAUCUGAUAUUGUUUUCCUGUUGGUUUUGUCACCUGCCUGUUUUCCUGGGAGCCCUUAGAAUUCUUGCUUUCUCUCCCUCACCCUUCAAAGGUGCUGGCCCACACAUUUCCCACACUCCUUUGCAAUUACCCACACUCUUUUACAGUUCUUUACCCCAUGGGCCUCUUUAGGGGCCAUAUUGCCAAAGCAUGCCUGCAUGCCUGCCUGCCUUAGCUGUGCCUUAGUGUGUGUGUGUGUGUGUUAAAGGGGCUGGAGGAGCAGGCCAAGUGCACCUCUCCUUUCAAGUUCAAAACAAAAUUGUGGAGGUCAGUAAUCUCCAGUGGUCAGAAGUGGUCACUUUACAGUCUCCGCCUCCGCCUGUGACUCAGCUGUGCCUCAGAUUGGCUCUAGAACAUUUUUUUUUACCAGUCUUACCAAAAGCCCACUGCCUGAAGGUUAUCUUAGAUGAAGCAAAAGAUGGAUGCCUUUUCCUGAAUUAUUCUCUGCUAUACAAACAAACUAAAAACCCACCAAAAACACCAUAUGGUUCUAACUCCAACUCUAAAGUAUUUCAGAGGGGCAGUAAUGGUGGCCCUCCUAGCUCAGUGUUAAAAAUAACAUGGCCUGCUUUAGCAGGAGUGAGAAGAAAAAUGGCCUCUGCCGGCCUUAAAAGCAUUAUUAUCCUCUUUUUCCUUUUUUCUCAACAAGAAGACAAAAAUAACUAAGAUGCUCUUUUGCUUUUUGUUUACUUUUUUAAACAGCUUUUGAGAUGGUCUUAUGUAGACUAAGCUGGCCUCAAACUUAACUGAAUAGCCAAGGAUGCCCUUGAACCCUUAGUCUUCACAUCUCGACCUGCCAGGUGCUGAGAUUACAGGUGUGCCACUACACCCCAGUUGUGUAGCCCCAUUUAAGAGGGAAGUUUCUUAAGCAUCUUUUCUUUGGGGGGGAGGGUGGCGUCAGGGUUAUCAAGCUUGGAAUGGCUUGUGUGUGUGAGUGUUGCACAAGAACCCAGAUCUGUGUGUGUUAGUUGCUUGCUGCUUUCUGCUUCUCUGGGACUCACAUGCAUUACUUGGUAUAUACAUAUAUAUAUAUAUGUGAAUGUAUAAAUAUAUAUUUUAUUUUUUUUUAAUUUCCUGGAGCUUUGGGUUCCUAUAGCUCCUGCUGUCAGUCAUCCCUUCCCACUCCCCACAUCCAUAAAGUUCUUAAAAAAAAAUCUCAAUAUAAAUGUAACAGGA